AGCCGCCGAUUCAACCCCCUCACACAGCUCCGCAAAACAAGUCGGUCGACCAAAAAAACCACCAUGCCGUUUGUCGACCUUCCAAACGAGAUAAUCUUACAAAUCGCGGAAGAGCAGGAACCUCCAGAUAUAAAUGCACUCCUGAGAACCAACCGCCGCUUCGCCUCCUGUUUAAUUCCGAGCCUUUGGGCCAGCGUAUUCCGAUCCCCACCCCAGCUCUACGCCGUGGAAGCACUACUCUCUGCAGCGGAGAACGGAUACAAAGAUGUAGUCAGACAACUGCUCGGCAAGGGCGUACUUCAGUACUCUCAGACACCGCAUUGGAAGAUUAUGCGGAAAGUGAUAACUGAGCGUGACACAAAGGCCCUGGGCACGCUCAUGGAGUGUGGCAUGUCGAUCGAUACGACGGACCCUGAUGACUGGACGCUCUUGGGGCUGGCGGCGGAACGGGGCUGCUUGGAGACACUGUUGCUGUUAGUGGCUCACGGCUUCGACGUCAAUGAGCCGGGGAAUUUCCGGUGUGAGUCACCGCUGAGCCUCGCGGCCAAAAACAAACACGAUGAGGUGGUACAGGUUCUCCUAAGUCUCCCCGACAUAAACGUUAAUUCCAAGACCGAAUUGGCCUUCAAUACACCACUACACAACGCAGCGAAGGAGGGAGACGAAAUCAUUGUGGAAAUUCUCCUAGCGGACGAGAGGAUAGAUGUUAACCCCGUGAACUCCAGUUGUUGCACACCCCUUCACAUAGCGGCUGAAGAAGGCCACGAGGGGGUGGUCGACCUGCUUCUAGCACACAAGGACAUCAGGCCUGAUAUCCCAGGAUAUAUUGGCAAGGCACCAAUACACAGCGCAGUUUGUGGCGGGUACAGCUUGAUUGUCCGUCGUUUGUUGAGCGACCGGUCGGUCAACAGCCUGGACGACUGCCAACGAACACCGUUGUACUGGGCGUCGAUGCUGGGAUGUGAAUCGGUUGUGCGGCUACUAUUACAACACAAUGGUGUCAAGGUUAACCUAGCGGAGCGGACGGGCAAGGGGCCGAUGCACAUAGCAGCAUGCACGGGGAUGGAGAGUAUCGUGUGGAUCCUGUUACAGGACGAAAGGGUCGAAGUCGACAACAUGGACGAUUACGGGCGGACACCAUUAUGGUGGGCAGCGAUGGAAGGCCACGAGGGAACCGUCCGACUUCUCCUCAGCGAUGGUAGGGUCGAUGUCAAUCAGCGCAACAACCACGGCGAGACGAUCCUGCAUAUCAUGGCUGGACACUGGGGGAAUGAGGCGAUAGUGCAGCUAUUGCUCAGUCAUGAGAAGACGAUUCCGGAUCUCCGCGAUAAUGACGGGAGGACCCCGCUGUAUUGGGCUGUCAUGAAGGAGCAUGAUUCUGUCGUACGGCUUCUACCUGGGGAUCCAACCAGCCCGUCCUUGUUAUAAGGUGUAGUAUCAAGAGAGGGGUGGGGUAAUAAAUUUACCACCUUAAUCAGAAAAAGGGAAUACGUGCUGUUAGGGAGCGAAAGGAGGUUUUGCUCGCCAAAGCGAUUGCGUGCUGUGUCCAGCUCAUUCGCACGUAUUCAAUCGCCAUGCCAGGCCAGGCCUCCCAUCGGGAGAGUUUCCUUAUCCAGAGCCGCUUGUACAAACAUAAUAGCAAUUCACACGUAUUAUAGUCCAAAAAAUCGCUUCACAGCCGACGAAACAAGACCAACAACUCGAGACGUAGUAUUUGGAUUUUGGCAUACAGGCAAGCCAUCUACCGGUAUAAUAUCUACUCGCCUUCGGACAUGGGAAAGAUAAUCCAGCGCCAGACCUACCCCACCACAGUGAUAAUCCAUGACCAACCCUAACCUCCAAACCUACGGUACCAGCAUUUGUCACCACUUUAAGCCGCAGGUCACAGCACGUGUCAUUCAUCCCACCAUGCAACCCCACAACACCGGAAACCCAAACCAAACCUCCCACCCUCCGCACCCUUCCCGCCACCACAACCACAAUUCAGCAAGAGCCCACCCCAAAAAACUUCCACCAUGAUCGAAGUAAUCUGGUACCUCCCCCCUUCCCCUCCCCCGCCCAACACACCCCAACCUACCUACCUCAAACUUCGGCCUAACAACACCCAGCAACGACCGCCUCGGCAAAAAAGUGCACGUAAAGUGCGAAGCAGACGAUACUAUCGGUGACUUUAAAAAGUUGGUAGCGGCGCAGAUCGGGACUUCGCCGGAUAAGGUGUGUCCUCCCCAUCCCGCGAAGAGAGAAUAGUUGCGCUACUAACGGGCGGAGGGGGGGGAGUGACUAGAUUGUGCUCAAAAAAUGGUACAACACUUUUAAGGAUCAUAUCACCCUGGCGGAUUACGAGAUUAGUAAUGGGACUUCUUUGGAGAUGUGGGUUUUUCUUCUCCCUUUCUCCCCUGAGGCUCGGGGUUAGCUGAUGGUUUGGUUUUAGGUACUAUUGUUAGUUGGGUUGAGGUUGAAGGAGUGUGGGGGGGGGGUAUGGAUACACUCGCAGUUGGCUUUCUGGCUAGAUCUAUGGAUGGAUGGACGAUGGAUUGAUGGGGGGCUCGGGGGAAUACUUGUUUGAAGAGGUUUUGAGUGAUCGGUGGUAAUGAUCAUGGGUUGCCCUGCUUGUUCUUUCUCGCUUUUUUUAUAGCACGGUUGUCUCUCAGUUUACUAGAGUACCGCAGUGCAUGAUCUCAUGGCUUUGCAA